GCGGCCGCUGUUUCGCGGCAAAUAUUUGGCGCGUAAAAAGUAUCAGUGCCGGCGCCCAGCGCUUCCUGGAUCGUGUGGCCGGCCCGGCGGCUCCUUCUCAUCGCUGCAUCGGCGCCCGGGACCGCUGCAACCACCCCCGCACUGCCAGCAGCAACGCUACCUGCCGCCUUAUUUAAAAAAAAAUAACAUUUUAAGACUAUUUCUCUCCUACAGCGAGCAACGCUUCCCUCGUUGCAUAAAAAAAGAACAACAAGGUGGGGGGGGACAAUGUCCAAAGAAACGUUCCCCGUUGCCAUCAAGCCGGAGCCCGGGACGUCCGCGUUGCUAAUCUUCUCCUCGCCUGGAAGCGGCCGAGCCGAGGUGGCGGUGGAGGAGGCAGGGACAGGGUCGGGGCAGGCAGGCACCCAGGCUGCUCGCAGGGUGCUCCUUUUCGCCGCCACUCCCCAGGGUCCCGGCUCAGCUGAGUGGGGGCAGCGGCCACCCCUGGGACGCCCUCCGGUGAAGAGGAAGCUGGAGCUCGAGAGUGAUCAUCAGUACCUGGCCGUGGAAAUGGAGACCCUGGCAGGGAAGGGCAAGUCUUCUGGCAAAGGCCUGAAGUUGCCGGUGGAGAAGACGCGAUACGAUACCUCCCUCAGUCUGAUCACCAAGCGCUUCAUCCAGUUGCUGGGCCAGUCUCCCGACGGCGUCCUGGACCUGAACUGGGCGGCGCAGGUCCUCGAAGUGCAAAAGCGCAGAAUCUACGACAUCACCAACGUACUGGAGGGCAUCAAGCUGAUCACCAAGAAGUCUAAGAACCACAUCCAAUGGCUGGGUGGGAACCAGCUUCCCGACGGUGAGAUGGCCGUCCGGUGUCAGGCCCUGGUGAAGGAAAUCGCUGAACUGGACGAGAGCGACCGUAGGCUGGAGGAACUGAUCCAGAAGUGCAGUCUGCAGCUCAAACUACUGACCGAGGACUCGGAGAGCCAGAGGUUUGCUUAUGUAACGUGUCAAGACCUGCGCAGCAUUGAGGACUUGUCUGAAGAGAUGGUGAUGGUGAUCAAAGCUCCAGCCGAUACCAAGCUGCAGGUGACGGACCCCAGUGAGGCGCUGCAGAUUUCCUUGCAGAGCAUCAAUGGGCCCGUGGAUGUAUUUCUCUGCCCUGAGAACAGCUCGGGCACGUGCAGUCCCGUGAAGGCUCUCGGCAGCCCCGUGCGAGUCAGUCCCGUCAGGACUGACAGCCUUCACAAAAUCGCACAUCAGGAACCAUUAGGAAGCACUUCGCAAGGCACAGCCCUAUCGCCACCUUCCAGUCAAGACCAAGAGACGACCGUUGGCAUCUCACCUUUGGCGGUGGUGGACAUUGACCUCUCGCCUUUGACCUCCGCCGCCUCCCUCCUGCAGCCGCCAGAAGACAUCCUUCCUUCGAUGCCCUUUGACGACACCUUUGUCAACCUCUCCCCGCCGCUCCUUCAGGACUACCAUUUUGGUUUGGACGAUGACGAGGGGAUCAGCGAGCUGUUUGACUGCAACUUUGACACUCUGCAACCUCUGGAGUACUGACCCAAUCCCCAUGGGGUUUGUGGAACUCAAGUCUGGGUUGCCCUGCUCUGGGAACAUACGACAACAACCCCCCCUCCCCCCCCCACCGAUCUCUUGCCACGUCCCAUGCCAACCCUGGCCACCAUCUUAUUGAUCCAAGCUCUAGGAAGACUUCCCAAGGUUAUGCAGCUCCCUGAUCUAUUCCAGCCCCCCCCCGGGCCAGUCGAGAUCUUUGGAGAUCUGGACAAGUAUUUCCAGUUGGUGUUUUAGUUUUGCCGCUGUGUCCAUAAGGACACAAUCUCAAUUCUGCCCUCCCCCGUCCGCUGGGAGUACAACGCGGGUUUUAUUCACUGAUCUUCUGCUCUCUCCUCUCUAAUGGUCUCUCGGGCAAGUCAAUGUGGCAUUGGAGCACCAUCAGAGGCCAGCAGAAGCUCCGAUUUCACCCACCCCUUCCACUCUCUGAUCCUAAUUUAUGCCCUUGCCCCCUGUUCUC